GAGUACAGCCUAUAGUACAGCUAAACACAAACAACGAUCGCGAAGCUAUUGCUAUAAAUUGACUCCUAGAUCGACUUCAGUCUGAACGGAGAAGUUGAGCGAAGCGGACACACUGAAUAGCAGCGGCAAUUUACAGAUACAACAACGGAAAAAUGUUUCAUCUCAAAUCACUGGCGGCUCUGGCCAUCACCUUGAGCGUCGCCUUUACAGCGACUGUUCCCAGUGGAAACCCAAGCCGAAAGCUGAACAUUCCAGCCUUCAACAACGCCGGCCAAUCGAAAGGAUUAGAAGUUUGGCGUGUAGAAAGAUUCCAACCCGUUGCCGUACCGAAAGCGGAAUUCGGAAAGUUCUAUACCGGUGACUCGUACAUAAUUCUAAAUACCAUUGAAGAUAAGAACAAGAAAAAAUCGUACGAUGUUCACUUUUGGUUGGGAUUGAAGACCAGCCAAGAUGAAGCCGGUUCGGCAGCAAUUCUCACCGUCCAAUUGGAUGACCUACUGAACGGAGUUCCGGUGCAACACCGUGAGGUCGAAGGAUCGGAAUCCAAUCUUUUCCUAAGCUACUUCAAAGGAGGUGUUCGCUAUCUGGAGGGUGGAGUCGAUUCCGGCUUCAAGCAUGUUGACACCAAUGCCGCCAAACCGAAACGUCUAUUCCAGGUCAAGGGUGCCAAAAAUAUUCGCCUUCGCCAGGUCGAACUGGCUGUAUCCGCCAUGAACAAAGGUGAUUGUUUCAUCCUGGACACCGACCGAAACAUUUACGUGUACGUUGGUCCGAAAGCAAACCGCGUUGAGAAACUGAAGGCAAUCAACGUCGCUAAUGACGUCCGUGAUCAGGACCACAAUGGACGUGCGACGGUUCAUAUCAUAGACGAAUUCUCAUCGCUUACUGACCAGGAGGACUUCUUCAAGUUGCUCGGUUCAGGUUCACCCAGUCUGGUUCCGGAGCAAUCCGCCGCCAAGGAAGACGCUGCCUUCGAAAAGGCCGAUGCAGCUCUGGUUUCCCUCUACAAAGUUACCGAUUCGAAAGGUGGCAAACUGACGGUCGAACAGAUCACUCAAAAACCACUGAAACAAGAAAUGCUCAAAAGUGAAGAUUCGUUCAUUUUGGACAGCGGUUCCGGACUGUACGUUUGGAUCGGCAAAACGGCAUCCCAGCAGGAAAAGACACAGGCUUUGGUCCGAGCUCAGGAAUUUAUCAAGACCAAAAAGUAUCCGGCCUGGACACCGGUGGAACGAAUUGUGCAGAACGCCGAAACCGCACCCUUUAAACAUUUCUUCCAGACGUGGCGUGAUGCAGGAUCCACCGGAUCCAGAUUAGUUUAAUCUGUAAUUUGGGUUCCUGAAAGUAGAUCUGAAAAAUUUUAGCGGAUAAUGAGAUUAUUAAAUCGCUUACUCGAAGUAAUGAACAAAUAAUAAACCAUGUUUUCAUAUUGAA